AUGGAUGCCAGGACCCGAUUCCACCACGACUAUACAGUCGGAUGGAUAUGCGCCUUGCCAGUGGAGACGGCGGCUGCAAAGCUGAUGCUGGACAAAAUACACCCGCCUUUGCCUCGCCUCCCGAUGGACCAAAAUACAUACAUCUUUGGGAGCAUCGGGGAACACAACAUUGUCAUUGCUAGCUUACCGGCCGGCGCAUAUGCCAAUAUAUCAGCUGCAACGGUUGGGAUGCAGUUGCUGUCUAGUUUUCACGCCAUCCGCUUCGGUUUUAUGGUUGGUGUCGGCGGCGGGGUACCAAGCAGCCAUGUAGAUAUUAGACUUGGAGAUAUCGUCGUGAGCCAGCCGACGGACACUUCUGGAGGCGUGAUUCAAUACGAUUUAGGUAAAGCGCUAAGCGGCGGCCACUUCACGCGAACCGGAAUGCUUAAUCGACCUCCUAAGGUUCUAUUAACCGCUCUCGCGACUCUCCAAGCACAUCACUACACGGAAGAUAGCCAGAUCGUUAGAUUUAUUUCUAACUUACAAGCCAAAAUAGCGCCCCACAAAGCCACCAAGUUCGCGCGACCGACGCAAGAGGACUGUCUAUUCCACGCAGAGUAUGAUCAUGUCGAAUCCGAUACGUGUAUAGAUUGCGAUCAAUCUAAAUUGAUUCCACGAACCCCACGAGAGCACCAAGAACCAGUGAUUCACUACGGACUUAUCGGAUCUGCAAAUCAGGUUAUAAAGAAUGGCAGGCGGCGAGAUCAGCUGGCUCGGGAAUUAGGCAUAUAUUGUGUGGAGAUGGAAGCGGCAGGACUGAUGAACGACUUUCCGUGUCUAGUCAUUCGGGGCAUCUGCGACUAUGCCGACUCACACAAAAAUAAAGGAUGGCAAGGGUAUGCGGCCGCGGCCGCGGCGGCCUAUGCGAAAGAGCUUCUCUUGGUGAUUGCAAUAGAUCAGAUCAACUGCACACCAACUGCAAGAGACACGCUCGCAGACUCUGGUGAGAUUCACCGCUUUGAUGUCCCAUUAGACCUAACGGCUAUCCCGGUAAUUGAAAACUUUUUGGGACGACAAGACGAGCUAGACCAACUUUGGCAGUAUGUACAGCCAACAUAUUCCCAGUCACGAAAGGUUGCAAUUCUUCAUGGGCUUGGAGGGAUUGGAAAGACACAACUAGCAGUUCGUUUCGCACGAGACCACAGAUAUGACUUUACUGCCAUCUUCUGGCUGAGUAGCAAAGAUCGAGGCACGCUUUUACGAUCUUUGAGCUCUACCUUUCCCCGAUUACCGGGCUUAUAUCAAAAAGCCGAGGCGACCAAUGACGAUGAGGUAGAGCAACGAGCCAAAAAAGUUUUACAGUGGUUAGCAUUAGAAGGAAACUCACGCUGGCUGAUCAUUUUCGAUAACGUCGAUCAAUAUUCCCCUAUCAAUGGUCGUGAUGAUGAUGAUAAUGUAUACGAUAUUGCAAAAUAUUUCCCUUCAGCAGAUCAUGGAUCCAUCCUCAUUACCUCUCGGCUACAAGGGUUGACAGAGCUAGGAAAAUCUUUUCCAGUCCAUAAAUUUGGCCCUAAGGAUGCAACCCAGCUUCUGUUACAAACUAGCCGCUUAUCAGUAAAGGAUACUGCUACAGAGUUUGAGAGCAACCCAGAUACUCUUGCCCUACUUACUCGCUUGGAUGGCCUUCCAUUAGCAAUUGUGAUCGCUGGGGCCUUUAUGCGGGAGACUGGAACUAGCAUUACUGAGUACUUACAGUAUUACCGAGAGGCUUGGUCGGCCCUGCAGUUGCAAUCAAGUCCUAGACGCCAGUACGAUCAAGGAAACAUGAUACAGACAUGGAUGAUUUCGUAUCGAGAAAUCCAGAAGCGGGACCCUAACGCAGCACAGCUGCUAUUGCUACUUGCUCACUUUGACAAUCGAGAUAUCUGGUAUGAAUUAGUACGGCGUGACUGUGACAACUCUGAUGUCCCAGAGUGGCUUGAAAGGUCUACAUCAAGUGGGCUUGCUUUCAAGAUAGUUGUCAGGAUUCUUAUUGAGUUCUCUCUUCUUGAAGUCGAGCGACAAGACGGGAGCUAUACGAUGCAUCCAGUGGUACAAGACUGGUGUAUUCACGUUGCCAUGACCGACAAGAAUGUGAAUUCAGUUCAGCUCAAUGAACUAGCACUAUUAUGUGUGGGACACACUCAUCACAGUACAAGUGACGGAAACUGUCUCGGCUUUCACCAACGGCUUGUUCCGCACGCACAUCGUGUGAGCCAUAGGAAUUACUCAGACAACUUAGCUGUAUGCGGAGCAUUACAUAAUCUAGGGCAAUUACACGUCCAUCAAGGGAAGCUAAAGGAGGCGGAAGAGUUAUACCAGCGCGGACUGGCAGGGUUUGAGAAGAUUCUCGGUCCCGAUCAUUUAUCCACCCUGAAUACGAUAGACAGCCUUGGGGAAGUCUACAAUAAUCAGGGGAAACUGAAAGAGGCAGAGGGGAUGUGCCUACGCGCAUUAGCAGGCUAUAAGAAGGCCUUCGGUGGGGAUUACGAAACACACCUACCAGCUCUUAACGUACUCGACAAUCUUGGGACUAUCUACUCCAAUCAGCAAAGGCUGAAGGAGGCAGAAGAGAUCUACCAGCGAGCACUGGCAGGCUUUGAGAGAACCCUAGGUCCAGAUCAUCCAUUCACUCUCAAUACACUUAGCAAGAUUGGGAGUCUCUAUCAUAAUAUGGGAAAGCCGAAAGAGGCAGAAGCGAUGUAUCAGCGAGCACUGGAAGGCAAGGAGAGGAUCUUAGGUCCGGGUCAUAUGUCUACUCUUAGUACAGCCAACAACCUUGGUCUUCUCUACUCUAACCAGGGAAAGCUGAAGGAGGCCGAGGAGAUAUGUUUGCGCACACUUGCAGGCUAUGAGAAGGCCCUCGGUCGGGAUCAUGAAACACACCCACUGACGCUUAAUACAGUCAACAACCUUGGAAUUCUCUACUUCUCCCAAGGAAGGCUAAAAGAGGCAGAGGAGAUGUACCAUCGGGGAUUAGUAGGGGUUGAGAAGGCUCUCGGUCCCGAUCAUUCGUCUACUCUCGAUACAAUCAAUAACCUUGGUCUUGUCUACUCGGAACAGCUGAAGCUGGAGGAAGCAGAGGCGAUGUACCAGCGCGCACUAUCAGGCAAGGAGAGGACUUUAGGUUCAGACCAUAUGUCCACUCUUGACACAGUCAAUAACCUUGGUCUUCACUACUAUGAUCGGGGGAAGCUAAAGGAGGCCCAGGAUAUGUGCCUACGCGCACUUGCAGGCUAUGAGAAGGCCCUCGGUCGGGAUCACGAAACACACCUACCGGCUCUCAAUACGCUCAGCAAUCUUGGGGGGCUCUACUCUGAGCAGCGGAAGCUGAAGGAGGCAGAAGAGAUGUACCAGCGAGCACUGGUAGGCCGUGAGAAGGUCCUCGGUCCCGAUCAUUUGUCCACCCUGAAUACGAUAGACAGCCUUGGGGAAGUCUACAGAGAUCAGCGGAAGCUAAAGGAGGCAGAGGAGAUGUACCAGCGAGCGCUGGCAGGCUAUGACAAGGCCCUCGGUCCCGUUCAUAAGUCCACUCUUUGUACAGUUGACAGCCUUGGGAGUCUCUAUUCCGAGCAGAUGAAGAUAACAGAGGCAGAGGAGAUGUACCAGCGAGCACUGGCAGGCUGUGAGAGGGCACUCGGUCAGGAUAAUAUGUCGACCCUGGCUAUAGUCAAUAACCUUGGGAGUCUGUACCAUGGUCAGGGGAAGCUGAAGGAGGCAGAAGAGAUGUACCAGCGAGCACUGGCAGGCUACGAGAAGGCCCUUGGUCCAGGUCACAGUAGAACCCGGCGACUUGCGGCUAAGUUAAAUGCCUUAAGCGUUACGAAUGUAAAGUAG